ACUGCGUCACUUUCUAAGUUGCAGCAUUUGUUAUUUAAUACUGCCAUGCAGUAAAAAAAAAUUAAUUGGCAGAGCAAAACACUUACUGAUUCCUGCAUGUGACUACAACUACAGGUUUAAGCGUCCUUGUUGCUGUGAACCAAAAUCAAACAAGAUAAAUGAGGAGAGUUUUUUCAAAAGGAGGUUUCAUUAUUUCUUUCCAGAGAAGAAAAUAUGUUUGAUAGUUUUGGACUCAUUUGCAUGAUUUGGUGGUGUGUGAUGCUCUUUCAUCCCUUGCACGCUGACAUCCAGUGUAUAGAGUCAGAAGCACAAAAAUCACCUAUUACAAAUGUGAAUGUGGACUGGAGAAAAAUGGAACUGUCCUGGGAGAGCAGCAAGAAUUUUUCUAUGUAUAAAUGUACCAUCAUGAGCUGGGACAUGGAAAGCAUAGAGAAAGAGGUGAAUAGUCCACUAUGCAGGUUUCCAAAGGAACUGUACAUGCCUCUGCACAAAGGGGUAUUCUUUAUCAUUGAAGUGCCAAACACAAACAUCUCAAAAAAAUGCACCUUUCUCCCUGGAGGCACGAAUGAGUCAGCCAUUGAAAAUUUCUCCUGUGUGAUUUAUAACAUUCACCUCAUGAACUGCACUUGGCAGGCAGGAAGGGGUGCUCCAGCAGAUACACAGUAUUUUCUCUACUGGCAGAACUCAAGAGAUGAUGGGCAGAUGGAAUGUGAGCUUUACAUUAAAGAUGAAAACGGCAGAAACAUGGGAUGUAGAUUCCAAAAUGUGAGGAUAGAGAUUGAAAAAGCUUACUUCCUGGUUAAUGGGUCUAGCAAAGACUCCCUGAUCCAGUUCUAUGAUGAGUACAUUGAACUGUAUAAAAUUGAAAUACUCACUGCUCCAUUAAAUGUCACUGCCCAUUGUACUGGAGAUCCAGCGGGUUGCAUAAUUACCUGGCAUCCACCCCUUACAAGUCACGUGGAAAAAGUAAAGUGUUUUCAGUAUGAAAUUAACAUACAAAAUAAGGAUGACCCCAAAGAAGAGAAAAAGCUUGUAAGGAAUGAUAGAUACGAAUUCCAAAAUUACAAUGAGAAAAAACGAUACAUUCUGAAAAUCAGAGCACGUGGAACAAAAUGUCUCGUAAGCUCAAAGUGGGGGGAAUGGAGUGAACCCAUUGAGUUUGGUCAAGGGAAAGAUUACUUUACUUUCGUGAUUUUAUUUCUAAUAGCACUUGGAACAAUAUCAGUGACAGUGCUCCUGUAUUGUCUUUUCAAAAGGUAAAUCAACCUUUUUUUCUGUAGAUACUAUUGAUAGAGUAUUAUCUCUAUGAAACACAUUCCUUCAAUCUCCUACUUUCCUACCUGCAAACUUAAAUAAUCCGAUUAUCAAUGUCAAAAUGUAUUAUCGCCAGUAUUGUUGUGGAUGGCCCUUCGGCACACAAAAUCACUACAAGUGAAAAAUGGGGAAAGGAUAUUGAAGUUACUAAGUGGAUCCUGGAUUCCACCAGAUCCUACAAAAGCUAUUGUGUUCUUACUUUUAAGCAUUUAAUAUCCAGGUUGCUUUGAAGCCACUGGCUGCAUACAGUACCAGACAAGAGGGAAUCCAGACAAAUUAACAUAUUGUUUUUUUGAUAAAACUUCUCACUCAGUGGUUAAAGACAGUUAUGUCAUGUGAUUUAUUCAGUCAUUGAUUAAUAAAGUAUUUACUGUGACUCUCAUCACAAAAUAAAUUUUAGUUUCCCAAGUGAUAAGUAUACUAAAAGUUACCCACCAGUUAACCCACUCAAAAUAUUUUUCUUUUCACUUAAUUUGUAGAGCAGUAGCUAUUCAAUCUUGAAAGUAAAGAAUGUCCUUAAAUUGUAAAACACAAUGUUUGUGUAAGUUAUAUUACCAGUAUUUUAAAUUUCUCCACAACGCCAUUUUCUAUCCAAAGGUGCAGUUUCAAGAACAUACUUCCUCCUAUACCACAACCGAGAGACAAAUUUAAUGCAUUAACCAAUGAAGAUAUCCAGGUAUGGUUUCUUUUCAAUUCAGUCAAAUUUGUUAACUCUAAUCCACAAUAGGCCAAAGACUAGAACUGACAUAUAAAAUAAGUGUUACAUUUGGUCCAAUGAAGACCAGUGCCUGUCAUGCAAGGUACGCUGCUUUGAAACCUGAAAUGCUCUAUGCCACUGCUGAGACAAAUGAUUAUCCUGUAGGUAUUUGCAGCCGUAUUUUAAGACCAGAGUUUUCACUUUUAUGGAGAACAGUAAUUUCUGUGCAUACAAGCUCUACGAGGUUGCUGUUCAUACUUUGAAAAUAACCCAAGAAAACAUUUUCCAUUAGCAUUUUCAAAUAUCAAUCACAUAAUACAUAAUACAAUGUGAAUAUGUAUUUUAUAAGCCUGACCAACCCCAUGUAAAAAUCCUGUCACACUGAAUAAUGAAAAUCAACAGGGCUGGGAAGACUCAACAGCUUAACUAGUCUUCCUCUUACACCAGCAUAGGAUUAGCAAUUUCAGUGCUUUGUACAAACUGUAUUUGACCAAUAUACUGUAGCAUCCCUAUGUACCCUAUUCUAUAUUUUUAACUAUCCUCACUUUUAAAAAGCUUUUUAAUAGCCUGUUUUACUGCACUUAAAAUCCAUUACUUUUUAUCCUUAUUCCUUUCCUGUUUACAGUUAUCUUACACACUUGCACACUGUUAACAGCAAGUAACUCUUCCUGUCUUUCUACACGUCAUGACAACCAGGCUUCAAACCAUUGAUGCUUCUCAAAUUGUCCAUUUAAGCAGUGGUUGUAUGGUGAUUGCAUUGUGAGGGAAUGCUUUGUAUCAGCUGGCUAAAGCAAAGUCAAUAAAUCAGGCUAGUCAUUUACUGCCUACAACAAUUCAGUGGCAACACCAUGCUUUCCAAUGAGGCUUUCAAAAGUGGCACAGAAAUUUUCCUUCAACUGUUUACAAAGAAUCCUCAAAGCUCUGACUACUAAAACUCUCUCGUUUUGGUAACUAUAUACCAGCACAUUGUCCUAUUUAAUUUGUCUUUGGUGCUACCACCUUUGACUUUCACAGAAAGUAGGUAGGAAUGUGACAUGGAUAGGUUUCCUCAUACACAUUAAGUCAUUAAUACCUGGUAUCUCACUUCAUACCAGGCUUCUAGAGCAUAAGCCAUCCACAGUCCAUCUUAUUAAAUAAUAAGAGCUAGUACAGUAGCAAGCAGUCUUUCAAAAAUUGCAGACUCUCCAGAUUGCUUGCUUUUCCUAAACUUGAGGGGCUUCCAAAUUUCUGUGCAUAUACUACCAGACUUAAUCAAAUCACUCCAUUACAGCCCAAAGGCCUUUGUCGAUGUGGUUUCUAAAUGCUGGCAUAGGCUCUUCCAUGCAGGCAACAAUUUAACAGCAGCAGUUGCCAGAGUUCAAGUGAAGCCCUCAGGUUGCCUCAUACCUGUCAACAGGCACUGUGAAGGUAAUUCAUACGAUUAUGACAUGUUUAAACAGCUUCUGGACUCCUCUUUGCUCAUUUUGAUCUAGUCUUAAAGUCUAAUUUUAUUAUACUUCUUCCCUCCAAACUCAGGUAUCUUUUUAACACUGAUUGAAUGCUGCAAUUCUUCAAAGCAGAAAAUAAAGUACAAAACCGGUAUUUUCAAGAUCUCUCCUCUACUGAACACCAGAACACUCUCUCCCUGACAUUUAGUGCUAAUGGAUUUAUGAUUUAUUUUGAAACCUAUAACUUGCUAAUCACGCCUCUUUAAAGCUUGCAUUUCUUUGUUUUGCCCUGACUUAGUCAAUGACCUUUCACAUUUUUUUUUCUUAUGUUUCACUAUACUUUUCCCUAGAUCACUGAAAUAUCUCUAUUUACAAAAUCCUAAUUUUCUGCACUGAGUUUGCAUUUGUAUUCUUAAAAUGCUCAUGUUAAAAAACUACCAAUUUUCUUAUUUAUUGUAAGAUCCUACCAACCAAAUCACUCAGUGCAUCAGACACCUUGCAUUCAUCUAAUCCAUUUUAUUUUACUCAUCUUACUACCAAAGCCUGAUGACAUUUCAGUCACUCUCCCCAGAUACUUUUUUCACCCUCACUCAGAAGUCUAACACUUAAGUUUUCCUCUUUUCCCAGAUCAAAUUCAUUCCAAGGAUUUGAAAGACACUCUGUGCAUUUUCCCCAGAGUAGCCAAGUAGCACAAAACACCAUGACCCUGAAGCCCUGCAGUGCUUAAUCAAUCCCUCAGAUUUCCUAGAAAAAAAUUUCCCACGAAGACAUCCUGGUUUGAUAUUGUCAUAUACCAGCAGCUUAUCUUUCCUUUUUUUAACUUUUCCCCCCAGUACUAUCCCCCUUUUUUUUUAAAAUCAUACCUAUCUCCCUUCAAUACUUUCAGCUCUGAGUGCUGUAUCAGUACUAUGAUCUUACCUAGCAACAUCCACUCUCCUAGAACUCCAGGUUAACCGAUGUUAAAAUGUGUAAUAGCAACCAAAGUAUUUUCUCUAGAAGUCUAGCUAAUGCUUACAUAUCAAAAACUCAGGCAAUACCCACUGAAUAAAUUCCUUCUAUUGUCUCAGUUAAGGUUGUCCAGCAUUUAGAUAAAAUUCUAUUCUUUGUCCUUCUGCUGACAGCUAGCUAGUACUGAUUGUACACAUUAAAGGUAAAACAAUCCCUAACUGUCCUUAAAACCACUUUCUUCCGCUUUGCAAGCAUCUCUUUAAGUAAUGAAAGAGCAAGAAGAGGUACCUUUGGUACUGGUGUAUCUAGCGUUGUCUGAUUAUCGACAGAGUGACUCUCUAGCCUACUGCAUGUUACAGACUUUUCUUUCUCUUUAGACAGAGUAUGUAAAUCUACCAUCAAAAAGUGACACCGAGGAAGUAACUACAGUUGAAGAGAUGAUCCAACUUUCCAAGAAGAAAAUACACUGAUGCCCCCAAUACAAAAUAAAAGCAUAGAUCCUGCUGACAAGUACUUCAAAACAGCCUAUAAAAGAAUAUAAUUGCCUAUAACACUGUUUGUCCCAUAAAAAUCCACUUAAAUGCAGCAGGCGAAACAAGGGGAGAAAAAUCUGUGAAAUUUAUUCUUCACCCUUUGUUUGAAACCAAAAUGGCCAGCAGCCACCCUUUUCUGCAAGUGUCUACUUUGAAGACAUGCUUAAACCUAGGUAGGCUGUUCUUCACAAUGUGAGACAAGGCCUCUUAUCCAAAGAAACUCACUUCCAGCCUUCAUUGCUAAGAAGCUUCUUUCCUCUGACUAUUAAGGUUUCCUGGAAGAUGACAGGCCUGCUUAAGGAUGCCACAGUAAUUUUACGAUUGUAUAGUUUUUAUAUGCUCAGGGGUUUUUUUAGCAGAAACUAUUCAAAAUGUGUUUAAAAUUGCCCUUUAAUCUUCCAACCAGCAAUACCAAAGACAAAAAUGGGAAAUAAAAUUACACCUGCCAAAUGUAACUAUUAAUACUGGUCUGCCAGUCAGCCAUUUCAUGAGCUCAGUACUGCCACUGCAAAUACAGACCUCUGCAACACUCCAAUCUUCUGCAGGAUUAGCAUGUCCUUAAAUCACAGACAGUAUUUAAAGCCUUCAAAAACAUCUAGUCUUAACAGUUGUGAGGACUGAAAUAAAAUCUGUAAUAAAGGUUUAAUAGCUGAAUUUUAGAAUCCCUUCAAAGGGUGCAAAUUCAGUUUCCAACACCUUUUAAAAAUACUAUAGGUUUUAAAUGCCAGAACUUUUACAAAUUCUGGCUGUUUUCCUUUUAAUAUUUUUCAAAAUGAAUGCAUUGCACAGUGUCUCAAUAAGGCAGAAAACAAAUGCUUUUUUUAAAAGUCUCAUUUAUUGUUUGCCUCUUAUGUUCCUAAACUUCAUGGCACAUUGGAAAUUGCUGCUGCAUGACUGAGAGAAGCCAUAUAUUAAAAAAACCAAACCAGCACAAAUUAGUACAUGCUGAAUGCACAGCAUAGAGAAAUUGCAGUUCACAUUAAAACCACCUACACUUGCACUUUUUUUUUCCUAUUUCUUGUAGUUAAAACCUAGUUCUGGAGAAAAGAUGGCGU